AUGUUCAUCGACAUCCUCAGAGACGCCAGCGCCAACUUCGCUGCAUACUUCAAAGAAGUAAGAAGAUGCUUCCAGCGCAUAUACCGUCGUGCUUAUGGGCAAGAUGAAUCUUCGCAACAAGACGAAGAAAUCCAGCAGAGGGGUCGCGCCGCCAACUCACUCAUCAUUCUCAUUGUGGGAAUUUUCACGACCAACUUCUCGAUGUCUGGAUCCACGGUUGCUCAGCUCGUCUUUGGCAUCGUAUACGGCAUCGCAGUCAGUGCCCUUUACCUGCCGAUGAACCGUCGAACUCGCUUGAGAACGGGCCUCGCACUUGCGGGUGUCUUGCCUGGGGCAGUAUACAUCUUCUCUGAUGGCCUGACGCUUCAUAUUGUAUCCAUGAUCAUCAUCUCCGCUGCGGCGGGAAUUGAGACCCAACGCCAUUUUCGUAUUCGGAGUAACGGCGGGAUCGACGACUCGGUCCUGCGACCUCAGAGCUCGGUAGAAUCUCUCUUAGUGACUUGGCUGAUUGUCGUUUGUGGCAACGCCAAAGAAGUCAGCCACUUUAUCCAAGCUGGUGUGGUGCUUUGCUUGGACGUCCUCUCUUCGACCACCGCCACCCAGGUCUUGAUGAGAUUCUUCCUCCGAGUGAUCUUGGUGACGAUGGCUAUAGCCUGCUUGGUACAGCAAUUCCUGCCUUUGUCUAGAUCCAUGAUUCUGGAUCGCCGAAGUGAGGUCGCAGAUGUAUCUCAAAGACAGAACGUUUGGCCCCGGGCUGAAGUCCUGACGGUGGUUGGCUUCUUUGUGACGCCGGGUAUGGCUCUUUUGUACAAGGAAGUUCGGGAAGAGUUGUGCCCUAGACUGUACCGCUGGCUACUGGGUAGAGGUAGACCUCGUGAGAACGAGGAAAGGGUGUUUCCUGAGAAUGACGAUCUUCCAACAUGGAGUGAUCUUGAAGAAGCACGAGAGCUUCGAGCCGGGGUCGAGCAGUGGAUGAACUGA